GUAUUUUGUGCAAGAUACCGCUUAACUAACAUUACCUGUGGAUAAAUUUUGCCUCUUAGGAGAAUGGCAGGUGAUAUCCUUGCAGCACUUUAUUAGCAAUUUCCAACUUCAAAUCAGUAUCUCUGUUUUUGCUCAGUAGCCCUGUCACUUAUAGUAGACUGAGACUGAGACUGAUUUUUCUAAAAGCCAGCCACUUGGGUUAAAAACUGAGCUAAGCUUUGGACAUGACAGCCCCAAAAGCCAUCUGAAAUGCUUAAUCUUCCCAUGCCCAGGAGGGCAAACUUCCACCCAUCUCUUUCUGCUACAGAUCAAAAGUGGCAUUUUUUAAAGUUGUGCUGGCUCUAGCAACGCUGUCUAGUUCACCUGCUGUGCUUCAUUUCAUUGUAGGCAAACCCCUCCACUCUAAUGGGCUACAAGGCUUAUGAUGGGAAUGCCCCCUUCCCUCCAGGCACUGGAGAAGGAAAAAGAUUAAACAAAUAUAAAUGCGUCUCUUCCACGCUAUAGAAUUCAAUCACGCAACCAGUUAGUUAUUCAUAAUGCACCUGCUGCUCUGCACUCUCUUCCUUUCCCUGAUCAUUGAUGGGCCUCUGGCCAAUGAAGUCAACAUUAGUCUUCAAGUCCAGAAGAGAACCGUGAAGAAAAGUCCUCCUCAGCUGAUACCAGAUGAAACCAACAGUGCUAAAGUGAAGAAUGACAGUAUCCAACAUUCCAGUAGAAAUGUUAGUGUUUUCUAUGAAACUACUAUGAGUUGGACUUGGUUCCCAGGAUCUCUCCCCAACGGAGCUGUGUCUCACUGGAACAGCUAUGCUGGCCGAUGGGAAUAUCCUUGCAUUGAACCAGAUUGUGCUGCUGGUUUCUACAGCCCCAGCCAUGGUCCUUACUGCUAUUACCCAUAUGGAAACAAAGAAUACUCUACCUCUCAGUUCUGGAUUUUGGUAAAUGAACAUGACUUUGAAUCACUGAGCUGGAAGGGGGAUUCAUGGGGUAGGGUCCCACCCAACUCCAUCAACACCUGCGCAGGUAUAAGGUUAUAUGUUGGUAAAAAUAAGUACGGAUUAGGGAAGGUGGACAGUAAAAAUCAAGCUUUCUUCCUCGGUUACAACGGCAAGGAGUACUGGUAUAAACACUAUGAUGUCCUGACCAUUAAUAAAGAUUAUCGCUCUCAGAGCAUUUCCCAUGUCAGGUAUUUCCUAAACCAAGGAUCAUACACUGAAUUAGGCAUGUCCAUAGUCUCUAGCCAAGUUACCAACUACGAUUGUAGGACAGUGAAGAAGUUAACCACCUUAUCAGGAACAGUGACUUCUGAACAUACCUGGGAUGUGGGUAUUUCCGUCUCUCAGGGCAUCAGCUUUAGCAUGACAGCAGGGAUACCUGAAGUCUUUGGAGUGUCAUGGGGCAUUUCAUCAGAGAAAACUUUCAACUGGACUAAGGGUUACACACGCAGUGAAUCAAUCACUUACUCUGAUACAGUCGAAGUUGAAGUCCCACCCAACCACAGCUGUGAGCUGGUAAUGAAUGGAAUGAAAAUGAGAGCAAGUAUUCCCUUCAAUGCGACUGCUAUUCGUUACUAUCACAGCGGAGCAAGCCGAAGUGCGUCCAUCCAAGGUGUGAGUCACAGUGCCGUUGUGGCUCAAGUACGAACAGUGAUCAAGAGGUGUGAACCCAUCCCAGAUGCACCUCCAUGUACUAUACAAACCCCAGAAGUGGUCUUCUAGCCAGGUUAAUUAUUGUGUUUUCACAGCAUGCUCAACCUAGCUCCUGAAUUAAUCUACAGUAAUACCUCG